CAAAAGCGACUCUGCCAUGGCAACAACCGGAGCUAACCUCCUGUUCUUAUCGCUAUUAUUUAUUAGCCUGGUUUCGGCGGACGACGUCAAGUUAAAGUACAAAGCCGCCACCAAGCCCGUGAGGUUAUUCACCGAGGAGGAGCUGAAGAGGUACGACGGAAGCCAGGAGGGCGAGUCCAUCUACAUGGCGGUCAAAGGGGUGGUGUUCGAUGUUACCAAGGGAAAAGAGUUUUAUGGCAAAAACGCGGCAUACAACGCCUUGGCUGGCAAGGACUCCACCCGAGCCGUAGCGAAGAUGUCCCUCGACCCCGAAGACCUGACGUCAGAUACCACCGGCCUCACGAAGCAGCAGCUGGACUCCCUGGACAGGGUCUUUGAGGACACCUACAAAGCCAAGUAUCCAAUCGUUGGCUACACGGCAGCGCGCAUCCUCAACGAGGACGGAAGCCCCAACGAGGACUUUAAACCUGAAGACCAGCCUCACUUUAAGAUCAAAGACGAGUUUUAAUCCAUUUUUAAAACUCUUUAUCGAGUAGACUAGCUCUUCACUUUAUCGUCUGUCACGUUCAAACACUGAGGACAUCUAUUAAACAAGACAAAAGGCAAGGAAUCAAACAGAGACAGAAUUCAAUUUGGACUCAAUAUUGAGGAGAGACAUGGCCACUGCACUCUCUGCACAGUCCUGCACCACGCUCUGACGAAGAAGGUUUUCGUCUCCUCAUUUAUUCGGAUGUUCAAUGUUCACGCACCAACACAUGUCACAGCAGGAAUGGGAAGUAUGUAAAACAGUCAUUGUUUUCGGUCUCAUUGAAGUCCAAGAAGAGGAUUUCUCGGGCUUGGGCUCUUCCUGGAUCCAGCUGGGGCAGGUGUUGGAGGACAAUGGAUAACCCCUCCCGUCUCCUGACCAACAGGGACUUCAAGAGGGCAGCGGGUCGUAAAUAGCGUUGACCUCGGUCACCAAAUAGUUGGAAGAGAGUUUGUGAAAUACUUCAGAGAGAGUUCGUUUAACACUUCAAAGAG